AUGGACGGUGAAGAAGUUGCUGCUUUGGUUAUUGAUAACGGCUCCGGUAUGUGCAAGGCCGGUUUCGCCGGUGAUGACGCCCCCCGUGCUGUGUUCCCAUCCAUUGUGGGUAGACCAAGACACCAGGGUAUCAUGGUUGGUAUGGGCCAGAAGGAUUCGUAUGUCGGUGAUGAGGCUCAAUCCAAGAGAGGUAUUUUGACUUUGAGAUACCCAAUUGAGCACGGUAUUGUCACGAACUGGGACGACAUGGAAAAAAUUUGGCACCACACUUUUUACAACGAGUUAAGAGUUGCUCCUGAAGAACACCCUGUCUUGUUGACUGAAGCUCCAAUGAACCCCAAGUCCAACAGAGAGAAGAUGACUCAAAUCAUGUUCGAGACCUUCAACGUUCCUGCCUUUUAUGUCAACAUUCAGGCUGUCUUAUCUUUGUAUUCAUCUGGUAGAACAACUGGUAUCGUCUUGGAUUCUGGAGAUGGUGUUACUCACGUUGUUCCAAUUUACGCUGGUUUCUCGUUACCACAUGGUAUUUUGAGACUUGACUUGGCUGGAAGAGACUUGACUGACUACUUGAUGAAGAUUUUAUCUGAGCGUGGAUACACCUUCUCUACCACUGCUGAGAGGGAAAUUGUCAGAGACAUCAAAGAAAAGUUGUGUUACGUCGCUUUGGACUUUGAGCAGGAGAUGCAUACUUCCUCUCAGUCGUCCGCUAUCGAAAAGUCCUAUGAAUUGCCUGACGGUCAAGUUAUCACCAUCGGAAACGAGAGAUUUAGAGCUGCUGAGGCUUUGUUCCGCCCAUCAGACUUGGCCUUGGAGGCUGCGGGUAUCGACCAGACGACUUACAACUCUAUCAUCAAAUGUGAUGUCGAUGUGCGUAAGGAAUUGUACGGCAACAUUGUUAUGUCUGGUGGUACGACCUUGUUCCCAGGUAUUGCUGAGCGUAUGCAGAAGGAGAUCACUGCUUUAGCCCCAUCUUCCAUGAAGGUCAAGAUCAUCGCUCCUCCAGAAAGAAAGUACUCUGUGUGGAUUGGUGGCUCCAUCUUGGCUUCCUUGUCCACAUUCCAACAGAUGUGGAUCUCCAAGCAAGAAUACGACGAGUCCGGUCCAUCGAUUGUUCACCACAAAUGUUUCUAA